AUGGAGGCUAUUCGAACCCAGUGCGUACAAUACCUUCCAACGAAUUCGAAGGUCAUCAUCGUCAGCGAUGACGCCACCGAGGCGAAAGAAGUGAGAAAUGGCGGGAAGGGUGACGCCUAUGCCAGAAGAUGGCCGGGAGGCCAGACGCCCAAGAGAAUGGAGGCUAUUCGAACCCAGUGCGUACAAUACCUUCCAACGAAAUCGAAUUUCAUCAUCCUCAGCCAUGGCGCCACCGCUGCCGGAUGGAUCACAAACCUCGUGGGCUGUAGGAACAUCAUAAAGCUCGACUCUGAAAAUGAGAAGCCUGAUGGAUCUUGUGCCGACCGAGAGAGAGAGGGAGACAGCGGAAAGGAGAGAGAGAGAUGCAGACCGUCAGAUCUCGCCGGAAAGCGUCGGCGACGGCGGGAACAAGCUCUGAAGGAUAGAGAGAGUGGUCGCCAAGCUGUGGUUGGUAGGUGGGGAUUGGAGUUUAGGGUCGGGGAAGGGGGGAAAAGAAAUCGGGAGGGGGGGGGUUGGGGGAAGGGAGUCUGGGUGGUUGCCGGCUGGGGUCCUGGGUUCGUUUGGAGGUGGGGGCUUUGGAGGAUCGCUGUGAGUGGUCAUGGUGGAAUGAAGGGGAGAAGAAAAUUGCAGCGUGUUGUCCCACACGGUGGCGUUAUCCUGUUUGAUGAGACUGCUAAUUUGAAACCAGACUUUGUCCAAACAUGCUACAAUCUUCUCUCCCAGGAGUACGGGAACAUUCCGAUUGUUUUGUGUAGCAACAAGGCAGAUGUGAAUCAUGCGAUGAUGAUGGGAAACAAGAAUAUUUGCUGGAAAAUGGAAAACAAUAUUUCUCUGCCAUACUUUGAAAUUUCUGCCAACAACGAUCACAACCUUGAGGCACCAUUCUUGUACCUGGCCAAAAAGCUUACAGAAAAUGAUAAGCAGCAGCCACCUGUUCUUAUUUCUCCACAUAUUCAGAUGGACAUGACUGCAGCACAGCAUGGGCCUGAAUCGGACCCAGCAGCUGCACAACCAUUUCCUGUUGAAGACAAUAAUGGCUGCUGCAGUGCUUGUCUCAAGCCACUGGUGGCAUGCCUAAAGGCUUGCUAUUAUCUGGUUUCCAUUGCGGUUGCUUUCAUGAACUGCGUAGAAGAAGCUUGA